AUGCUGGAAGACCCAGCCACGAUCCAUCUCCAGCUCUUACUGAGGGUUGUUGGGGUUGUUCUCAUCCUCCAAACACUGCGAGUGGAGUUGUUUGCUCACCAUCAACCAGAUUUUCCUGACAAGGAGUUGAGAACUCGUGAGAUGUGUACAACCACCGGGAUGAUGCUUGCUGAGGGUAAAAGUCAGGAUCUGAAAACUGGUCAUGAGAACAAAAUUCCACAGAAUUCCAUACAGUUUCCAUUCUCAGACCACGACAACCGUCAUGCUUUAAAAAACAGCAUCUGUGUCUUUUCUCGCGAUGUAGGACGGAGAAAAUACCCUCAGGAACGCAGUGAGCACACAUCCCACUUCGACUUUUGCAGUGAUGGAUCUGACACCGGGAGACACCUCACGGCCUACCAGGCGGAUUAUAAGGUGAAAACGGGAGUUGAAGCUCCAGCAGGCUUCAGACGUUUCCCUCACAACCACAAGCAGAAGUCUGAAGCAGCAGCUUUGGCCUGUUCAGGGGAGCAGUUUAUGUGGUUUGGACGACAUGACUGCAGCCACAUGGAGAACCUGUAUGCAUCUGCAGCUACCGCCAAUGCUGCACCGCCUAAUCCAUGA